AUGGAUGCGUGUUAUUUUUGCUCCUCGCAUAUCUACCCGGGGCACGGCAUCCAAUUCGUCCGCAACGAUUGCAAGAUCUUCAAGUUUUGCAGAUCUAAGUGCCACAAGAACUUCAAGAGGAAGCGUAACCCACGCAAGGCAAAAUGGACCAAAGCAUUCAGAAAAGGAUCUGGCAAAGAGCUGGCUGUGGACCCAGCAUUUGAAUUUGAAAAGAGGAGGAAUGUACCUGUCAAAUAUGAUCGGGAACUGUGGAAGCAGACAGUGGAGGCAAUGAAGACGAUUGAGCAGAUUAAGCAAAGACGUCAGAACCUCCACCAUCGAAACCGACUGAAGAAGGGGAAGGAGUUGGAGAAAGAGCAGAAUCGCAAGGAAGUCGAGCGCAACAUUGCCCUCAUCAAGUCCCCUGCUGCUGGACUCAGACAGAUGGAGGCACGGCUGGUGGAAGAAAUCGAGGAAUCAGACAAGGAAGAGCCCAUGGCUGAGGAAGUCUAAAUACCUAUUUUCAUGUGAUACAUCUGUCUGUUUGAACUGCUUCAUAAAGCCAUACUGGUUCCCAUCA